GAGACUUUCGUACUUCCUAGCUUACGUGAGCGCUCUGUGCCUUGUCUCUGUGGUCUAACGGAAGUAGCUUUGGGCUGCCUGCUGUUGUUUACCCCACAUAUAGCUGAUGUCGAUGUAAAUAAAGUGGGGAAAGAAAAGAACCAAAAACACUUGUGUGCCUGCCUCAACUGAGGCUGUCCCCUCAAGUUCUUAUGGCUCAGCAACGUGGGGUCAAUAGCCUGCGCUUCAAUCAAGAUCAGAGCUAUUUCUGCUGUGCUAUGGAGACGGGUGUUCGGAUCUAUAAUGUGGAACCUCUUAUGGAGAAGGGCCACCUUGAUCACGAACAGGUGGGCAGUGUAGGGCUGGUUGAAAUGCUACACCGAUCUAAUCUCCUUGCUAUUGUAGGAGGAGGUGGCAACCCUAAAUUCUCUGAGAUCUCAGUGUUGAUCUGGGAUGAUUCUCGUGAAGGGAAGGAAGGCAAAGACAAAUUAGUAUUGGAGUUCACCUUCACCAAACCAGCACUGGCUGUUCGCAUGAGACAUGACAAAAUAAUAAUUGUGCUGCGGAAUCGAAUCUAUGUGUAUUCCUUCCCCGACAACCCCACUAAGCUCUUUGAGUUUGACACCAGGGAUAACCCCAAAGGGCUUUGUGAUCUCUGCCCCAGUUUGGAAAAGCAGCUCCUGGUUUUCCCUGGGCAUAAAUGUGGCAGUUUACAGCUUGUGGAUCUUUCAAGCACCAAGCCUGGCACCUCGUCUGCCCCAUUUACCAUCAAUGCUCAUCAGAGUGAGAUUGCCUGUAUCUCCCUCAACCAGCAGGGCACCGUUGUGGCCUCUGCCUCAAAGAAAGGAACCCUCAUCCGCCUCUUUGACACGCAGACCAAGGAGAAGCUAGUAGAGCUCAGGAGAGGGACUGAUCCAGCAACUUUGUAUUGCAUUAACUUCAGCCACGACUCUUCGUUUCUCUGUGCGUCCAGUGACAAAGGGACUGUCCAUAUCUUUGCCUUGAAAGAUACCCGAUUAAACCGCCGCUCAGCAUUGGCCCGUGUGGGAAAAGUUGGGCCCAUGAUAGGUCAGUAUGUGGAUUCUCAGUGGAGCUUGGCCAGCUUCACCGUGCCAGCGGAGUCUGCCUGCAUCUGUGCUUUUGGGAGAAACACCUCCAAGAACGUCAAUUCAGUCAUUGCUAUCUGUGUGGAUGGUACUUUCCAUAAGUAUGUCUUCACUCCUGAUGGAAAUUGCAACCGUGAGGCCUUUGAUGUCUACUUGGAUAUAUGCGACGAUGAUGACUUUUGAGUGUAGCUUUAUUCCCGUUGUUCAAGCAAAAGCAUGUGAGGCUGAAGCCUUGAAAUCCAGCGUUACACAAGCAGCAACAGGAGUUUCCUUUCCUCUCCACCUUUGCCCCCGUAUGUUCCAGAAGGUUCUUUAAUAUUCCAUAACAAAUUUGGAGGUGUGGGGGGAAGCUGCAGGGAAUGGGAAUUCUGCUGGCAGAAGACCAUCACUAGAUAUAAUGCAAAGGUUUUCAGAGUGCCGAGAUGGGAAAGGCUGAAAACAUCUUGCUAUAAGGGUGGAGUGAAUUCUGGAGAACAGCUGCAUUUUUUCUUUCUUGAUGCCACCUUUCCAGAAGUCUGUUCUUACUGCUGCUUUAGCUCAGCUGCCAUAUUCAUUUGGGACUGAGAAAUACAGACAGCUGAGUUUGGGGAGCAAGAACCUGUCAGGUCACUGUACUUCCUAUACCCUGGGACCUUUGGAGGUACGUAUCUGGAUGCACCCAACAAUGAUGGGCAUUUGGGAAGGAGGAAAAAAGGCAUAGUUAACAUUAAGAAUCAAGAACAGAUGUUUAUGUUAUUUAAUUGACAUUCUGUGAACAAUAAAGGAUGAAGGACAUUCUGAAGAACUGAAA